AUGGACAAAAGUGGGCCUGAAUCAAAACUUAUAGAGAAAAUUGUUGAAGAUAUUUUGAAGAGAUUGAAUAUUAUGUCUUCUAGUGAUAACAAGAAAUUGGUUGGAAUUGCAAUGAAGAUUCAAGAAAUUAAAAUUUUAUUGUCUUAUGGGCCAAAAGACGUAUGCAAGGUAGGCAUUUGGGGUAUGGGUGGAAUAGGCAAGACAACUCUGGCAAAUGCAGUCUUCCGUGAAAUCUCAAAUCAAUUUGAAGGUUCUUAUUUCAUUCAAAAUGUUCGGGAAGAAUCAGAGAAACGUGGACUAAUUCAAUUGCAAGAAAAAUUUCUUUCUAAAAUAUUAGGGUAUGGACACCACAAUAUAAGGGAUGCUUCCACAAUAGAAAGGCUUCGAAUGAAAAAGGUUCUCCUUGUUUUUGAUGAUGUAACACAUUUAAAUCAAAUAGAUGAAUUAAUUGGAGACUUUGAAAACUUGGGUUCGGGAAGUCAAAUAAUUAUAACAACGAGAGAUAAACAAGUGCUUGUAAAUUGUAGAGUGGAUAAUGUUGCCAUAUAUGAGGUCAAAGGAUUAUAUGGUGAUGAAUCUUUUCGCCUUUUUGGCCAACAUGCCUUCAAACAAGACCAUCAUAUCAAUGAAGAGUAUAUGGCGCUAUCAAAUAGAGUAAUAAGUUAUUCUAAAGGUGCGCCGUUAGCUCUUAAAGUCUUAGGUUGUUUCCUACAUGAUAGGAGAAAACAUGAAUGGGAAAGUACAUUGGAAAAAUUGAAAAAUUGUCCACACCAAGAUAUCCAAUCGGUGUUAAAGAUAAGUUAUGACGGAUUAGAUGUUGAAGAGCAGGUAAAAGUACUCAUUGAUAAGGCGCUCAUAACUAUUUCAUACAAAACGAUAAAAGUCCAUGAUUUGCUUCAAGAAAUGGGCAAGGAAAUUGUUCGGCAAGAAUCCGUAAACAUACCGGGCCAACGUAGUCGAUUGUGGCAUGAUAAUGAUGUCUACAGUGUACUAAAAAAGAAUAAGGGAACUGAUAAAAUACGAGGCCUUUGCUUUAAUAUAUCUACAAUGAGAGAGAUGCACUUAAAUCCUCAUGCUUUCUCAGAGAUGGAUUAUCUAAGAUACUUGAUAGUAAAAUAUACAAGCAGCAAUGGUAAUGUGCAUGGUUUUGAAGGCCUCCAAUUUGAUUUCACAGAGUUGAGAUGCUUCUUUUGGGAUUCUUACCCUUUGACAUCGUUGCCUUUGAAAUUUGAUCCUCAGAACCUUGUUGUACUUAUGAUGCGUAGAAACAAUCUUGAACAACUAUGGUCUGGUAUCAAGGAUCUUGCUAAUAUAAAAUAUAUUGACCUAAGUUACUCAAAACAUCUACUUAAAGUCCCAGACCUCUCAAAGGCUCAAAAUCUAGAGUGCUUGAUUCUAGAAGGUUGUACAAGGUUGUUGGAGGUCAUUGCUCCAUCUCAAAAUCUCAAUAAACUUGUUAAUUUGAAUCUAAGAAAUUGCAAAAGCCUUAUCAGUCUCCCAAUUGGCAUUCAAUCUAAGUCUUUAAGAGAUGUUGUUCUCUCUGGCUGCUCUAGUCUCAACGCAGCUCCAAGGAUCUCAUGUAAUAUGGAACGAUUGUGUUUAGAUGGAACUGCAAUAAAAGCAUUAUCUUCUUCGAUCGAAAGUCCCUCGAGACUAGUUCAAUUGAAUCUUCAGGGUUGUUCAAGGCUUGAAAGUCUUCCAAGCAGCGUUUGUAAUUUGCAUUCCCUUAGACAACUUAAUCUCUCUGGUUUUUCAAACCUAAAGUUUGUUCUAGGGAUCCCACGCAAUAUAGUAGGGUUAUAUUUAGAUGGAACUGCGAUAAAAGAACUGCCUUCAUCAAUUGAGAAUGUAUCCAGUCUAGUAAUAUUGGAUCUUAGAAAUUGUUCAAGCUUUGAGAGUCUUCCAGAUGGCAUUUGUAAAUUGAAGUCUCUUAAACAUCUCUAUAUCUCUGGUUGUUUGAAGCUUGAUAGAUUGCCCGAAGACAUAGGAGAUUUAGAAAGUUUGGAAGUGCUAGAAGCUAAUGGAAUUACUAUAAGAGAAGUACCAUCAUCUAUGGGACGUUUGAAGAAUCUUCAUGAUUUAUCUUUUGUGGGAUGUAAGAGUCAAGAGCUGGUGUGUUCUCUAUCGCCUAUUUUUCCAGAUCUUCUAUUUCUAAGGAGAUUAAAUUUAAAUUACUGCAGUCUUACAGAGUUACCCAAUAAUCUUGGCGACUUGUCCUCCCUCACAGAUUUAAAAUUAGACGGAAACAAUUUUGAGGGUGUACCAACAAGCAUCAUUAACCUUUCUGCUUUAUUUCAACUUAGUGUACGGUUUUGUAAUAGGCUUCAAUCUUUACCAAUGCUUCCAUUUAGUAUACAAGAAGUAGAGGCAGAUGGUUGCAAGUUGCUGAAAGCAUUAUCUGGUUGGAAAAUUCCGAGUGAUGGAUUUUGCACAGGGACACAUAGCUUCGUCAAUUGCUUCAAUCUAGAUUGGAAUGCUGGUGGAAAGACUUUGAAUGAUGAUCUGUUGAAAAAGUACUCAGCUGGAACUGUACGGUUGUUUUUUUCAGUCUAUCUCAAUCCCAUAUGA